AUGUAUGCUGAUCGCGUAGACGCUGCAGCGAAGACUUCAAUAAGGGAUCGCCUUAAUGGCAAUUCCAUUGGCGACUCCACUCGCCGCCGUCAAAUUACCGGCAAAAGGGAGAGGCUAGAUGAUAAAUGGGAACAUGAUCUCUAUGACGAUGAUGGACCACGUGUUUCAAAUCGGAAAAUUGAUGCUCGAGAUCUUCGAUUAAAGCUCCAAAGGAAAAGCUUCCAGCAAGCAUCUCCACGUUCAGGUGUGAGGGAUCUGCGUGAAAAACUAUCGGGGACAAUGUAUUCAAAGCCUGCGAAUGUUGAUCCACCCAGAAUAGCUGUUGCUAAACCAGCCAGGAAAAGUGUUGUCGUUGAAGCUCCUGAACCAGAGAUUAAAAAAACUGCCAAUGUGGCUUCUGGAAAAAGAUCUCAGCAGAAGGCAUAA